AUGUUGCUCUAUUCAGGAUCGAGACGCUCUAAGAAAGCUUCCAAAGACGGCGGCAAUAAGGCGUCUACAGCUUCAGUCGUCUCCGGGAAGUCCCAUUCUACUUCAAAAACCUCGCGAUCUUCCGGAGAUGCCGCCAAGAAGAAGAGUACCCCAGAGCAGUCCGCUGGGCCAAAGAACAACGUCUCAAGUUCCAAAAAGGCGCAGAAUACACAACCUGCGAGAAAUCUCAAUUUCAAAGCGGCCGGACCGGAGAAGAAAGUACCUGAUGUGUUCGAAUACCUUGAAUCGGAUUCCGACACUGACUCCGACGAUUCCUACGUAGAGGACGAUGACAUCCCCAACAGCAACCCACGCAGGUCUAAUGGUUCGUUCAUGAAUCCGCAUGUCAGACUUGCGCGCCAGGCGAACAUGAUGGCGCAAGGCAUGGGCGCCCCGAGUCGAACAUCAUCUGUACGAUCGAAAGGCUCAAUGGAUUCCUACCAAGUUCCUGGUCUAUUUGAAUUAUCUACGAGAAACAGCACGGCUCGGCGCAAAAUGUCUAUGGAGGGUUAUCUGACAGAGGCGUCGAACAACUCUGACAAGCGGAAAUUGCGUCUGAGUCCAAUGCCAGAAUCCUACGAGCCCUCUCGAGAUCCCACAUCCUUUCACCCUCCACUUCCCCCGUCCCCGCCACAAAGCCCGGAGGAGGAACCCCACUGUAUCAACAGGAAGUCAAGGCGAAAUACAAAGACUUCAUCCGUUCCUUCUGGCUAUGGACUUCUCAGCUGGCAGCUGAGCGCAUCAGUGGAAAAGGAAGAGCCACCUCUUCCCCCGCUUUACCGACGAUUCGAAGAUCUAAACCACCGCGUGCUCCUCUAUCUCCAGGACGAAAUCGCACAGAUGGAAGAGGAACUGCACGUAUUAGAUGAAUACGAAGAAAUGCAUCGUGUAGCAACUGCAGAACAAGAAGGGACAAGCAUCGUGCCCGCUUCAAGACGCAUGGAUGUUGCCCAAGCGCAGGCCUACUCAUCCCUGCAUUACCGACGGGAGGAAGUGAUGGCCGCAUUAGUACAAAAGACCCAACAAUACAUGCAUAUAGCAAAGUCACCCAAACGCUUCCCAGCGCAUCCGAUAAAGACAUCGACACGUAUCGUACCUGGAUGA